CCUUGUGAAAAUUGUUCCCUUCUUUGCUUUUGAUGUUUGAGGUUCUGAAAAUGGUAAUGCAUUCGGGAAUAAGAGACGAUACACAUUUUUUAUUUUCUCAAAAAAAAAGAUGCUUGGGGGAUCAAAGCUUUGUCAAUUUAUGUACUGCAAUACUUACGUAAGAUGAAGUUCUUUAAGGCACAAGCUAAAGAUUGGUGGCUCGGAACAAAGAAAGAAAGAAAGAUUCCUAAAAGUCUCGUGACUUUUCAAUCUAAACACCAUACCUCAAAUGGAAAACGUCGAGCAAUUCUGGAAAAGUUUCUUUACGAUGUUCAACGAUUGGAGAGUAUAAAAUAAUAACCUGACCAUGGACUUUCAUCGUCGUCUAGUGCAGGAUCUUAAUUCUGUCGCAACAAAUCAUCCAACAAAAUCUACAACACCAACGUCGACAAUCCCUACAUUGAAAGAAUCGUUACCACUUGAGGUCCAGUUAUCGCUGACAAUUGUCUUCACAGUGCUUUACGCUUUGCUGUUUAUAUUCAUAUGGAUACAGUUGAUACUAAUUUUGGUGUAUAGACACAAAAGACUUUCAUAUCAGAGUGUAUUUCUGUAUUUGUGUCUUUUAUGGGCUGCCCUCAGGACAACUCUAUUUUCAUUUUAUUUCAAUGACAGUUGCAUGGCUAAUAAGUUAAAUAUUAUAUCGAAAUGGUUGCUGUAUUCGUUCCCUAUUGUCUUACAGUUUUUAACCCUGAGUUUGCUGGAAUUGUAUUUUUCACAAGUGGUACUGAAAUCACUCACAACUUAUGAGCCACAUAUCCGAUACCGGAAACGCCGUUAUCUUUUUGUAAUAUUUUUCAUUGUGAAUGUCAUUUUUUUGACGCUGAAUGUAACUGAUGCUGUGUUGGUGAAGUAUGAACCUUGUUGUGUUGCAAACAUUGUACUGGCAAGAGUAAUCAUCAACGAAUCAUUGUUCGUUGUUACCUCGCUUGCACUUUGUUAUUGUAUUAUAAAGUUAUCUAGAGCUUCUACAGGGAAUCUACUUCUGGAAGGUCAGGGAACAACUUUAUGUCAAGCAACCGUAAUUUGUGUCAUCAUUGGCCUGAUUUAUGUAUCACGUGCUGUGUACAAUAUUGUUGCUGUAAUACCUAAAGGCUUACCAUCAUUUGGUUAUGGCUGGAUCAAUGUUUCAGAUGAGGGUGAAGCAACGCAUGGCAAGGACCUCUCAAUUGCAGAAAACAGAAAUUAUGGAUAUGUUUCAUUUGGUGUUGUCUUGUUUUUCUGGGAAUUCUUGCCAACAUUUUUUGUUGUUGUCUUCUUCCGCGUGAAGAGACCCCAACAAGGCCUGGGAUCAAUGCUCUCUUCCAAUAAAGAGAAUAAAAAGAAAUUCUUCUUUGACAAUCCAAAUCGAUACAAUUCAGAGGAUGAUCUUCCUGGGACCUCACAGAAUUUGGGUUAUGAUAUACCUGCAGGGAUGAGGUCACCACAUGGCGCUGGUUCACAUACCAUCAAUAAUUCCAGUUUGCAUCGCGUGCAUUCCUAUGGUUCCACAGGUCACCCAGGUUUCAUCCGAUCGUCAAGUAGUGUUCCAGGGCACAUACCUGGUACAACUCCCACAAGAUUGUUCUCUGAAGGGAGCAAAAAUCCAUUAUUAGGAACAAAUAAUGGUUCAGGACAGUAGACAUCGCCGGAAAUAUUUCAGCAACAACUUUGAUUGCAACAAAUAUAGAAUUGGUACAACAAAACAUUGAUGUUAUAUAUAAUUUUUAAUGUAAUAUUGAGAGUUAGAGAUUUAAUUCAUGCUUUGAUAAAACAAAUGGAAUUUGUUAAGAAUGUGUGCAA